AUCAAAACAAAAACACGCAAUUUCACGAUCCAUCGUUGGAAAAUAAACUCUUUGUAUUUAUCGGAAAAAUUUUAUCAGAAAUCAUUAAAAAUAGUAUAAUCAGUAUAAAUAUCUUCUAAAUCAACUGUGUUCGAUUGCAAUUCACUCCAUUACAAUGGCUGAUGAAGAAGAAGUGAAGGAGUAUCGGUGGGAAACAGGCUACGAAAAGACCUGGGAAGCAAUCAAGGAAGAUGAUGAUGGCUUGGUGGAAGGAUCGGUGGCCGAUAUAAUCCUGAAAGCCAAACGCAAGCGGCAAGCGAUGAAAAAAGGUUACAGUAAAUUGGGCAUGAUGCGACAUCUGUACGUGCUCCUCGACUGCUCGGAAGCGAUGAGCGUUCCGGACCUAAAACCAACGAGAUUUCUGUGCUCGUUGAAGCUGCUGGAAAUAUUUAUCGAAGAGUUCUUCGAUCAAAAUCCCAUCUCGCAGUUGGGAGUGAUUGCCAUGAAGGCAAAACGAGCGGAGAAGAUAACCGAACUUGGCGGAAGCUGUCGGAAGCACGUAAAAGCCGUGGGCGGUUUGAAUAAGCUCAAUUUAACCGGCGAACCGUCGCUGCAGAAUGGGCUGGAACUGGCCCUGAAGACGUUGAAAAUGGUCCCGUCACAUGCAAGCCGGGAAGUGCUGGUGGUGAUGGGAAGCCUGACCACGUGUGACCCGACGGAUAUUCACAUCACGAUCGACACACUCAAAGCGGAGGGAAUUCGCUGCUCGGUGGUCAGUCUGUCGGCGGAGAUUCGCGUGUGCAAGUUUCUAUGCACAGAAACGGGCGGAGUGUAUGGGGCCGUAUUGGAUGAUGCACAUUUUAAGGACCAGUUGUUGCAACAUAUCGACCCACCUCAGGCCGGAAAUCAGCAGGAAUUUUCACUGAUAAAGAUGGGAUUUCCCCAUGGAAAAACGGAAGGAGGAAAAGAUCCCCCGUUGACGAUGUGCAUGUGUCACAUCGAUAGCACCGAUGAGCCGGCCAAGUUGACAUCCGGCGGAUAUCACUGUCCCCAGUGUCUUAGCAAGUACUGUGACCUGCCGGUAGAAUGUGCAGCAUGCGGUUUGACCUUGGCAUCCGCUCCGCAUUUGGCUCGAUCUUAUCAUCAUUUGUUUCCGGUGCCUCACUUCCAGGAGAUGCCUUUCGAGCAUCAGGCCAGUACCUGUUAUAGCUGCCAGAAAACAUUUGCCGAGGGGACAGACAAAACGGUUUACCAGUGCGGGACCUGUCAGCAAAUAUUUUGCAUCGAUUGUGACAUUUUUAUACACGAAACUAUGCAUUCAUGCGUGGGGUGUACGACGAUACCGGCUUCUGUGCAGGCAUUGCAUGCAAGGAAACCGGUUGCUCCACCGCAUUCGUUAUCGAUAUUGUAAAGAUGUUUUCAAAAUAAAGGUUCUGAAACAAUCACAUUGACA